AUGUUUUUAUUUAAUUUGCUGAAAAUGGCGUCUGGAGCUGAAAAUACAACAGAAGAACGUACUGAAGCAGUGCCAAGUCAGACUGUGAGUAAUUCAAACUCCGAAAGUGGACAUAAAAGAAUUGGAGCAGACAAAGAGUCAGAAUUAACCGGAUCAGCACAAAAAAAAUCCCGAGUUGAAAUUCAGUCACUACCGACAAGGCAGUACCUAGACCAAACGGUGGUACCUAUAUUGCUGCAAGCACUCUCGAGUUUAGCCAAGGAACGACCUGAGGACCCGAUAAAUUAUCUUGCUAACUACCUCCAAAAAAACAAAAGCCAGUAUGACAACAGCGACUCGCCACCAGCUAGCCAAUAA